AUGGUUAAAAUAGUUAAUGGUAAUAUUAUAAGAGAAUCUUCAGUUUUGACUUCAAAGUCGUGUCGUAGAAGACACUCUAUCUCUGACAUUUUAGAUUCUCGAUUUGAAACAAUCCAAAAUUUAAAUAAUAAUAAUUAUAACAAUCCAAAACAUCAUGUAAGCCAACAUGAAAAUGUCAAACACGAUGAAUUAAUGCAUCGUGGUGGAGGAGGAGGAGGAGGUAGUGUAGAUGACCUUCAUCACCAUUUCAACAACCACAACCACAACCAACACCAACACCAAAAGAAUAGUAAUAGUCAAGAGAUUAUUCAUCACCAACAACACCAACAACACCAAUUGUUGCAACAGUCUAAAAAGGGGUUACCGCAUUCGACACGUCUCCGUGACGGAAGCAUUGCUCCACCCUGUUCUCCAGCAGUCCAACAAAACUCGUAUGAUGAUGUUGAUAACAACAACCAUCAUGACAAUGAUCAUGCAUUGAGUAUAUUGGAUAAAGCUAAUACUUAUGGAGAGACAGUCCGAUAUUUCUUGUUGGGUAACAUUACUCGUCGUAUCAGUCGAUACUACAAAUACAUCGACAGUCGCAUGGACCCGAUGAAACAACGUGCCAUCAUAUUUGGUAUACCCAUUCCAGUCGGGUUACUAUUCCUCUCCAUGUUGAUUGCACUAGUCACUGGUGGUAUUGAAAUACUUUUAGUAGAUAUUCUAUUAAUCUAUAUGGGUACACAAUUCAACCGAUUGAAUUCAAACCAACAACAAUACCAACAACAACAACCAGACUUAAACCUUCAACAAACCAAUGGAUACCAUCACCUACACCACAACGUUGCCAAUCAUCCAAUAGGCGGUCACAAUAGUCAUGCUUGCAAUCAAUUUGGACACCAAUACCAUUUAGCUACCAAUCCAACCUUUAGACCAUUACAUUAUAACAUUCAAUCUGCUCGUCGUAAUUCUACUUCUGUUAUAAGUAGAAGAAGAGGAUCCCUAACUACACUGUCUGAUUUAAAUCAUCAUAAAUAUUGA